AUGUCAGAUCUUCAAGCAGAUCAUGAUCUUUGGUAUAAAAUUCAUGUUCUCCUCCACGACCUGCACAACAUCGCCAACGAUCACGCAGCCCAGGCACGAACUCAGAAUACAACUGAUGAACUCUAUAUCGGUGGACCUUAUUUUACGUUGGAGGAAGCUUCUCGGAUUAAAGGUACGAUAGUGUCUUCACCAAUAUUGACUGAAACACCGGAGUUUGAAGAGCUCGAGUCUGAGGGAGACUUGGAGCAUCAUGCAAGUGGUGAUGCACGACCAUGUGGUCCUCAUGAUAUGGGACCGAUUUAUAGGGCAAUUUUCAUGGUAUCGAAAGAGAAAUUGAAGGAUGGAAAGUUCUUCGGGAGAUUAAGACGUGCUGGCCUCAGCGAACCUAGAAAUAAUGCGACUGGCAAUGUUGGGAACAACAAGAAAAAGUAG